CCACCCCGGCGGUCCCUUCCCCAUUUCCGGCGGAAGCGGCCUCAACAAGGGAAACUUUAUUGUUCCCGUCUGCGCUGUUGGCGACGAUGUCGGUGAAUUACGCAGCCGGGCUGUCGCCGUAUGCGGAUAAGGGCAAGUGCGGGCUGCCGGAGAUCUUCGACCCCCCGGAGGAGCUGGAGCGGAAGGUGGGGGAGCUGGCCCGGCUGAUGCUGCAGGCCUCCAGCGUGGUUUUCCACACGGGCGCCGGCAUCAGCACCGCCUCCGGCAUCCCCGACUUCAGGCUCCCAGGACGAGGCCUGCACUCGAAAAGGAACUUCUGUCCUCUGCUCGCUGUCCUCAGAGGCCCCCACGGCGUGUGGACCAUGGAAGAGCGUGGCCUGGCCCCCAAGUUUGACACCACCUUCGAGAACGCCCGGCCCUCCAAGACCCACAUGGCCCUGGUGCAGCUGGAGCGCUCGGGCUUCCUCAGCUUCCUCGUCAGCCAGAAUGUGGACGGGCUGCACGUACGCUCGGGCUUCCCCAGGGACAAGCUGGCUGAGCUCCAUGGAAACAUGUUUGUAGAGGAAUGUCCCAAGUGUAAGACGCAAUACGUGAGAGAGACAGUCGUGGGUACCAUGGGCCUCAAGGCCACGGGCCGGCUCUGCACAGUGGCCAAGGCCAGGGGCCUAAGGGCCUGUAGGGGGGAGCUGAGGGACACCAUUCUGGACUGGGAGGACGCACUGCCUGAACGGGACCUGAUGCUCGCUGAUGAGGCCAGCAGGACCGCAGACCUGUCAGUCACCCUGGGCACCUCGCUGCAGAUCCGUCCAAGUGGGAACCUGCCCCUUGCCACUAAGCGCCGGGGAGGCCGUCUGGUCAUUGUCAACCUACAGCCCACAAAACACGACCGCCAGGCUGACCUGCGAAUCCAUGGCUACGUGGAUGACGUGAUGAGCAGGCUCAUGAAGCAUCUGGGGCUGGAGAUCCCCACCUGGGAUGGACCCUGCGUGCUGGACAAGGCCCUGCCACCUCUGCCACGCCCUGCUGUGCCCAAGACUGAGCCUCCUGCACAUCUCAAUGGCUCGGUGAAUGCUGUUUGUAAGCCAGAGCCCAACAGCCCUGUACCCCACAGGCCCCCCAAAAGAGUAAAGACCGAGGCUGUCCCCAGCUGACCCGGGUGCGAGGGGUGGGAGGGGCACUUGUAAGAGCCACACGCAGUGGGAUUUUUAUUCUGUUUUCUUUCUGUGUGCUGAAGACUGAGCCGGGGCUUGCCCAUGCCAUAACCCACCUUUUUCAUAUUUUUCUUUGAAACCUGGGCUCCCUAAGUCACUCAAGCUGGCCUUGAACUCACUGCUGUAGCCCAGGUUGGCCUGGAGCUGGCAUCCUGCCCCCCCUCAGCCUCCACAGUAGCAGGGUGGCAGGCAGGUGCCACCAGGCCCAACACAGCUCCUUGGGAGUCUCACUGUAGCCCUUGUCCACGUCCCUCUGAGGAAUCUUGGGACACGGAGUCCCAGUGUCAAGGAUUCAUGUGCCUGUCCACCUGCCACACCCUGCUUGUGACUCAGGAUGUGCCUGAGCGGCGGCCACACACUCCAUCCCGCACCCCUUGAUCCAGAGCCACCAGGGAUCCGUCUACGCUAAGGGCCCCAGUCUCCUGGAAACACCCAAUGCAAUAAACAUGGAAUUCCUUUCAUUUUUUUUAAAUUUUA